GCGCAUCCGCUGUCAUUAUCUCCGAGUGCGGACGAUUACGCGAUUUGGUUGUCCGACGGGUCAGUCGUUCCUCCGAGCUCAAUCCGAACUCAGUCAGAGGACAACCCUCCGGAAUGUCGACGGUGUGGAUGUUGCUGGUCCUCCAGACCGUAUUAAUCUCGUUAACGAGUGCCACCUGCCCUCUGCAGCCCACCCCCACCCUGACAACAGCCCCCAGGACCCCUGGAGAUGGGGGGUACAGAGUAAUUACCAGUGGAAGAGACACCAAGUACACUCCCAACACCAUCUACGCAAUUAGUCUUCGCGGAUAUCAAACUCACGAGCGGCCCCAAGGGUUCACGAGAUUCCGACUGUCUGUGGACUCUCAGCAUUCCCCGAACAGUCAAGUAGCUAGAGUGGGUUCUUUCCAGCUCUACCCGAAUGGUCUCACCAGGUUCGAUGAGGAUUGCGUCAACACAGUAUCCGAACUGAGCGACAAUGAGAAGCCCGAGGUGAAGGUCAUGUGGAGAUCACCAGGUCCUGGUUCUGGGUGCGUCGUCUUCACGGCAAUGGUCAUGGAGUCGCCCUCCGCGUGGUUCGCCGAGGAUGGCAACCUCGUGAAGACCUUCUGCGAGGCGAUUCCCGAGGAAACCGACGAUGGGAGCGGCUGCUGUGCGUGCGACGAGGCAAAAUAUUCUUUGAUAAUGGAGGGUAUCUGGUCGAAUACGACUCAUCCCAAAGAUUUUCCCUUCUCCGCGUGGCUGACGCACUUCAGCGACGUAAUCGGUGCAUCCCACGAGCCGAAUUUCUCCUUCUGGGGUUCAGAUCACGUCUCCACGGAUGGAUUCCGUCAAUUAGCUGAAUGGGGCUCGGCCUCAGGUUUAGAGGCGGAACUUCGCGCUAAAGCACAACACUUGAGAACCCUUGUGAAAGCCGCUGGCCUGUGGUAUCCCAACGUCAACACCAACACAACAACUAGUUUCAGGGUAGAUCGUAAGCAUCCGUUGCUGUCGGUUGCCUCAAUGCUUGGACCAUCACCGGAUUGGGUCGUUGGGGUCAGUAAAUUGAACCUGUGCCAGAAGGAUUGCACUUGGCUAUCCAGAAUGGAUAUUGAUCUCUAUCCCUGGGAUGCCGGCACUGAUAAUGGCAUCAGUUAUAUGUCUCCCAAUUCUGAGACCAGACCUAGAGAAAAAAUGAAACCCAUCACCACUCUUUAUCCUGAGGAUCCUCGAUCUCCGUUUUAUGAUCCCAGUGGAAAACCUAUGGUUCCACUUGCUAAGCUUUAUCUCACCAGGGAAAAGGUCAUCCAGAGGGGGUGCGAUCAGGCUGCUCUUCAGGAUCAGCUCUCGCUUUUUGAAGUUGCGGAGAAUACGGAAGACACUAGUCGACCUGAAUGCGCAACUACGGAUUACACUGCCUGGUCACCCUGUUCCGUCACCUGUGGGAAGGGCCUGCGAAUGAGAACACGCGAGUACUUGAUGCGGGAAAAGGCGGCAAUGCUGAAAUGCAACAGACAACUGGUCUCCAAGGAAAUGUGCGUCGCCAGUGCUCCAGAGUGUGGAGAUGACGAGGACGUUGACGAUGAUUUGAACGUGGCACUGCCUGAUCCAGCGAUCUGCGAUGUCAGUGGAUGGACCGAGUGGUCCGAGUGCUCGUCGACAUGUGGCUCUGGAUUCAGGAUGAGAACGAGAAGGUUCAAUAAUAAAAUGGGGCGGAAGAAGUGUCCCCAUGUUAGCUUAGUGGAGAAAAUCGAGUGUGUGGGGCCACCCUGUACGGGAACUGAAGAAAUUAUCGAUCCAUCGUGCAAGGUGACGGAAUGGUCUGAUUGGUCUCCCUGCAGUGCAUCCUGUGGAAAAGGUGUGAAAAUACGGACACGUCUGCUGAUGGUGGAUCCAUCCAGACAAGAAGAGUGUUCAACUCGUGUGGAACUUCUUCAGCAGCGGACCUGUCUCGUUCAGGCAGACUGCACCUUUGACAUGGCGACUGCCAAAGUCGUCUGCAUGGAGGAUGCCGAUGUGGGUCCAUGCAGGGGAUAUUUCCAGCGUUGGGCAUUCGACCCCAAGAGACUCACUUGCAUCUCCUUCGGGUACGGCGGCUGCAGGGGAAAUAGAAACAACUUCCUGACCUUCGAGGAGUGCAGCAAUACUUGUGGAGUCGUCAGGGCUGCUCUGACAGGACAACAGCCCACAGGAGUGCAGAGUCCGGAUGGUCAGUCAGCCCUACCACCAGUGGACUGCAUGGUAUCGGAAUGGUCACCCUGGACUCCUUGCUCCGUCACUUGCGGAAAUGGACGGGUCACUAGUUUCCGAAUGGUCAAGAGGGAACCUGAAAAUGGGGGCAAACCCUGUCCAAGAAAGCUCACCAGACGUGCCAAAUGUCAAUUAGCUCCCUGUGAUUAAACUCACUUAAUUUUGUUAAAAGACAUUACGAACCAAUUACUUAAUUACUGAAGGUGAUGAAUUUACUUAAGCCACGACAUACUUACACCCCUUUAUCAUUAAGUUGUUUAUUCAGUUGAGUAUGCAAUAAAAAGGCUGAUGGUAUUCCA